UCAACAUGGCGUCGCUAAAGUAAUACUUGGGCUAAUGUCACACAGUUUGGUUAAAGUUUACUUGCUUCUCGGACGCGAAACAAAGCAAGGAUCGUUACGUCUUAGUGGAAGCUUAAAGUUCAGUUGUGUUUUUUCGGGUCUGAUGCUGGACUGCUAUCAAAUGCAGUCAUGUUUUCCAAGAAGAAGAAGACCCGGAUUGACAUCUCUGCUCCAUCUAACUUUGAGCACCGCGUGCACACAGACUUCGACCAGCAGGAACAGAAGUUUGUGGGGCUGCCACGCCAGUGGCAGUCCCUCAUCGAAGACACAGCCAAACGCCCCAAGCCCUUCAUAGAUGCAACAGUCAUCACUACUGUGGAACCACACAAAACCAUAGUUCGAGGCAGUAAGAUUGGCGCAGACGGCUCUCUAACAUGGCUAUUAGAUGAGUUGUCCAUAACACGCUCCAAUUCUCUGAGGCGAGGAAGCCCACCUAUCCACCCGCGUAGGAACUUCCCUGAACAGCAGGAGAACGGAGAGCAUCUCUACAGACACUACGCCCACCCAGGAGACAGAGAGGGACCAAGAGCCAAACCAGAGCAUGCAGUCCCACCUGAAAAAGUCCAGAGGCGCCCUCAACAGCAGCCCAGGGGCCAAGAGCCUAGUAGGGGCCACAAGAACAGACCAGGCACUGGGCCUCCGCCUGUCCCACACAGAGACAGAGAACAUCGGGAGCACAGCCAGGAACAGAUGGUGCAUAAGAAUCAGCCCAGUGAACACAGACCCCAGUCCAGCUACAUAGGUUCUGAAGACAGCCCACAGUCUCCGCGAGACAAAAGACCCCUGUCUGGCCCCAACAUCCGCACCUCAAACUUGCCUAUGACAGAGGGCGAUCUGAAGACUGCCCAGCAGAACACACGGCCCUUUAACACCUACCCACGUGCAGACAGCGAGGGUAGCCGCAGUACCACAGGCCCGCCUGUUCGGAAGCAGGAGAGUUCCCCUCACAGCAGCCCCCCCACAGGACCCAGCGAUGUUUCACCUAAGCCCUCGUUAACCCACACUCACCACACCUCCCACCCCACUCUCACCCCAGAGGCACCUCAGCAGCACCCGCACACUCCUCACCCCAACAUUCCAGCACCCAGGCCCCCAGUGCAGUCUGGGGCCUCAGGGGCCCCUCCCCAGGCCCGCUCCCCUCAGAGAGAGCCCCAGAGGGUGUCCCAUGAGCAGUUCAGAGCUGCUCUUCAGAUGGUAGUGGACCCUGGCGAUCCGCGCACGUACCUGGACCACUAUAUCAAAAUUGGGGAGGGCUCCACAGGCAUUGUGUGCAUUGCCACAGUGAAAACCACUGGGAAACUUGUAGCUGUAAAAAAGAUGGACCUGAGAAAACAACAGAGGAGAGAGCUGCUCUUUAAUGAGGUGGUGAUCAUGCGGGACUAUCAUCAUGACAACGUGGUGGAGAUGUACAACAGCUACCUGGUGGGAGAUGAGCUGUGGGUGGUCAUGGAGUUCCUGGAGGGAGGAGCACUUACAGACAUUGUGACACACACUAGAAUGAACGAGGAGCAGAUAGCCACAGUGUGUGUGUCUGUGCUCAAGGCCCUGUCUGUGUUGCACACUCAGGGAGUCAUCCACCGCGACAUCAAGAGUGACUCCAUCCUGCUCACCCAUGACGGACGGGUGAAGCUGUCAGAUUUCGGCUUCUGUGCUCAGGUCUCUAAAGAGGUGCAGAGGAGGAAGUCUCUGGUGGGGACCCCGUACUGGAUGGCCCCAGAGCUCAUCUCACGGCUGCCUUACGGUCCUGAGGUGGACAUCUGGUCUUUGGGCAUCAUGGUCAUUGAGAUGGUGGACGGAGAGCCGCCGUACUUUAAUGAGCCGCCCUUGAAAGCCAUGAAGAUGAUCCGGGACAACCUACCCCCAAAACUCAAGAACCUGCACAAGGUCUCCCCCCUCCUGAAGGGCUUCUUGGACAGGAUGCUGGUGCGAGACCCCGCACAGAGGGCUACAGCCAGUGAACUCCUCAAACACCCUUUUCUGUCCAAGGCUGGGCCCCCCUCCUGCAUCGUACCCCUCAUGAGACAGAACCGAAUCAAGUGAACUGUGUGCUCCCACUGUAGAGCCACUUUAACCUGUGUGCAGUCCUGACCUGGCAAUAAGGUGUGUGAGUGUGUGUAUGUGUUCGGGUGUGUGUGCGCGUGUGUGUGCACAGGAGAGCGAGAGAGAGUUUUUUAUCUUUCACUUUAGUUUAACCCCCCCCCCCGUGAACACUGAGAAGAUCACAGAGUAACCACAUACUCUUUUAGCCUUUAUUUUUUAAUUUUGCCAGUAUGAAGCAUCUGAUGUAACGUUUGACACUGUCCUCAUCUCACCCCAACCACUUCCAUGAGUGACUACUGAGCGUGGGAGGCUUCAGACUCUGGCUUCUCUGUGGUCAAAUGAACGCUACUCACUGUUGGACAUACCAGACACUACAGCAGGAAAACACUGGAGAUUUCAACAUAAAUUGUACUUAAAGUUGUUUUAGAGAGCAGGUCUAACAUGUCAUUGGGCCAAACAUGGAAGUCUUAGUGUUGGAUUUAUCAGUGUUGGCUAAGGCGUUGCAGACGGGGCACCAGCAUGAUACUUCCUCAAACACUCUGACCUGUUCUCAUCCCUGUAUUACAUUUCACUGUGGCCCCACUGCACAGCCUGUUCAGGUGAGAGAUGUCUUUUGUAUGUGGUAUUUUCUGAUCAUGAUGUUUUAGGUUGAGAUGUGAAACCCUUUGAAGCACUGUUAGUGGAGAUGAAGCUGCACACUCCUGCUGCCUUUAGCUCCUCGCAUGUUUUUGGUAGUACAUGUGGUGGCCAUCUGGUGGAACUGUGGCAUACCCCAGCCUAUGUAAACCCCCUAAAGUCUACAAGGGCUACUUCCAAAGUGUUGAAGAAGCACCAGAACCCACUGAGCAUGUCUGAAGACAUGCUUGUGUACUGAUGUCAUGCACAAACUGAGCUGUCCACACAAGGACCCAGCUUGGCAUAGGUUUGUGGUACUAAGCAGGCAGAGAACAUGCCGGACAAUCAGUGAUAGCUCUAAUCUCUGAUGUACAUUAGGCAGUGAGCACAUGUUAGAAGCUCAAAGAGCUUUUUAGAGAACUCUAAACAACCCCAAGUGACAGUAGAGCUCCUCUUAAACAGUUCUAUGCUCCUCUAUGAGUGAUUUUACUGCUCUUUUAAAUGGUGAGUUUCAGAUGACAUUACAGCAUUCUAUAGAGCAAUGUUAAUUAAUACAGAUGGGGGCAGUUAAAAUUCUUAUUAUUAAAAUGCAGAUUUUUGUUGCCAUGCAGUGAAUUCUUGUGGCUCGACACUAAUAGAAAUGUUCAGGUUCAACAUUUGUGAAUUUACCUUUUGUAUAUUUCUUGGUAAAGUACAAUGUUAUCUAUAGGAAAAACUGGCUCUUUCCCCCCACCUAGGAGUAUAACAUCAUCACAUUUGAUUGGUAAUCUGAAAACUACCAAUACUUGUGCUUCUCCUACUCUAGAAAGAGGCACAGUGUGCAACAGAUGCCAGACUUGGUAUGCUGUCUAAAGCUGAAUGACGUGUACAGGUUUGGGGAGCCACUGAUGGCAGCAAACUCCUGCUUCUGUGAAGUGGAGCACAUCGUGGCCCAACUACGUUUGAACACCGUUCUUUUAGAUUGUGGUGCAUAAUCGGCCCACUGGACACUACAUGGCUACAUCACUACAUUCCUGAACUCUGCUGCUCAAGCUAGAAGCAACAAGAAGUGGCUGUGGAAACUGUGGCUGCAACAUGUUUUUUAUUUCACAAAUUUGACAAAUGUUACUUUUUGCAAAUACAUAUUUUGUAAAGUU